AUGAACUCGAGGGAGUUGGCGACCUGGAAGCUCACUACCGAAUGGCCUGUGGCUGAAGCAUCGGUUGAGGGAAACUUCCACCUUCACGUGGACGAAGCCAAGUACAAAAAUUCGUAUGGGAAUCAUCGGUCCAUCGUCAAACUCGAGGUGAUAGAUGAAGCACAUCACGAGUUUGAUGCUUCCGGAGUUCUUAUAGGGCUCGACCUGGUUCUGACCUCCGCACACAACGUUCUGUAUCGUGGUGGAGAGACAUUUGUCUCUCGGGUCAUGUCUGUCAAAGCGUACAUUGGGUACCACCGCUCAAAGUCUUCGAAAGGGAUAGGGGUCGAAAAGCGUUUCGGCAAAAGAGUCAUUGUGCUUCAAGCAUGGGAACGCUCUGGAUUCGCCUGGCACAACGACAUGGCCCUUAUCAAGCUCGAGAGCGACUUUCUACAGGUCGAGCCAGCCUUGUACCAGGCGCCACCUUUGGUGUGGUCGGAGGUGCUUGGUAUCGGCUAUCCUGGUGAGAACACAACGCAAGGCAGCGGAUCUUGUCCGCUAUGCGAGGAUGCUGGAUGCAUGUACGAAGUGGUGGGUGGGGCCCGGUGUGAAGACGACGGGUUGCUUGAGUGCAAGCUUUUGGCUGUGUCUGGUAACUCGGGAAGCCCUAUCUUUCUCAAAGACGAGCCAAGGCCAAGAAAAAACACACUCAGAACAGUCAUAGCCACCUGCAGCGGCAGUAAGUCAAAGGAGGGUACCAUCUACGCCGCUCCAGUGGAUGUCCCCUUCAUCCAAGCAACCAAAUAUUUCCUGAGUCAACAACAUCUCCCUUCUAAUCUACACUUCAUAAUGCACCAGCAACCCGAUACUCAGACAUGGACUAUCUUCCAGUCUACAGAGAUUUGA